CAUUGUUUAUUUUCUGUCAUUUAAUACUUCCAAGUUCAAUUGCCUUUUUGUAACUUUUCUUAAUUAAAAUACAUGAAUUGAGAUAAAUGAUUAUAAAAAUUAGAUUAUCAUGGAAAUAAAUAUAACAUGGAAUAUUUGUCGAGUGUGUUUACAGGAAGAAAAUAAAAAUGCCAAAGAAUCUAACACCGAAUUGCGAAACAUAUUUGAUGAAGACAAAAAAUUGGCUCAGCAUAUUUAUGAAUUUACUGGGAUUAUGAUGCAACCACAUGAUUCCUUGCCGGACAAAAUAUGUUUAAAGUGUUUAAAAAUUGUUAAUAAUGCGGUGCAUUUUCGAAAAACGUGUCGUGCCUCCAAUAGUUAUUUACAAAACGUGUUGGAACGCACUAAAUCGGCUAGCUCAUUGUUUAAACCUGCUGUACACACUAGUGUUGCUAGUGAUGAUGAUGAUGGGUUAGAAGAACAAAUGGAAACAGAGGCUGUUAGCGAAAAUGAACAUUCGCAAGUUGAAAAGGCUAUAGAAAGUGAAUCUGAUAAUAAGAUUGUUCUUCAAGAAAAAAUAGUUGAAGUAGUUGAACAUAUGGAACAUGUAGAACAGGCGGUGGUAGACGAAGCGGUUAAUGAUACAGCCGUAGAUUUAGUAGAAGUGAUGGAGCAUUCCGAAGAUUUAAUUAACGAAAUUAUAGAUGAUAAUACAGACAACACACUGACCAAUUUAAAGCUUUUAAAAGAAGAAACUAAAGAUAUUUCAAAAAUGACAAAAUCUGAAUCUUCGCAGUUACAAAAGUUCUAUAUGAAUGCUAGAUUUACAAAAUUUAAAAGUAGUGAAGAGGAAUCAGAAGAUUGUAAUGAACAGGACUUGGCACAGGCUGAUUUAGAAGCGGAACAUGAAACUACAAAAGUAUCCGAAAAGAAGGAUGAUUUAUAUUAUCUGCUUAAAGAUAUUAAAAAUGAAAUUGCCAACUGUAAUGAUAACCAAGAAGUCAAACAACAAACAGAGGAACAAAGCCCCCAAACCGAUGAGAGUAUUGAAUAUUAUGCUAUCGAAGAUGAAGAAGAUUUGGAGGAAAAUAUUGAACAAGAAGAGGACGUACAGGAAGAGGAUUUAAUAUUCCAUUUCGAAGCAAAUAACGAGGAUAAUCCGAACCAAGUUAGUUCAACUGUGGAUACAAAUGAUGAGGCUGAAUAUAAUGAACAAAAUUUGAAUAAUUCCAACAUAAUUAGUGAUUUAGAAGAAGAAUAUAUUAUGGAUGAUAGUGUUAGUAAUUACAAUGAGAUAUCUGACCAAGAAGAAACUAAAAUAAAAUCUCUAGAUGUCUCCACUACGGCCGCAAAAACUAGCUGUAUAUCUAUUAGUUCUAGCAGACGUAAACUUAAACGUUAUUCAGCUAAAGUUUCAGCAAGCAGUUCUACUACAGGUGGUGUUCAGCAGCAAGUUUGUGUUUGUGAAAUAUGUGGCAAUCAAUUUACCAAUCGGAAUCUAAUGAAUAUACAUAUGAAGGUACACUAUCAGGAAAAGAAUCAUCAGUGCGAAUUGUGUUUUAAACGUUUUAUUACCGCCUGCAAUCUGCAAGCACACAUGCGCAUUCAUACGGGAGAAAAACCUUUUCAGUGCCGCUACUGUGGCAGACGUUUUAAUGAUCGCAGCUCUAGUUUAAGGCAUGAAAGAACUCACACCAAUGAAAAACCAUUUAAAUGUUCAAGUUGUGGUAAAACUUUUACUUUGGCUACAACUCUACAAAAUCACAUGAAGGUGCAUACCAAUGAAAGAUCCUAUAGAUGUGAACCUUGUGGUAAAUCCUUUAAAUUAUCUCAUCAUUUAAAAACUCAUCAAAAUACCUCGUUACAUCGUUCUGUGGUUAAUUAAAGAAAAUUAAAGAUUUUAUUGAAAUUUAAUGUAUUUUUAUAAAUAUUAUAUACUUUUUGAUUUUUUUUUAGAAAAAUAAAUAAAUAUAAAAUUCUACUUUGCUUUUGAA